AAAUACAUCACCUCUCUCUCUCCAAAAAAAAAAAAAAACCAAAGACAGCAGCCUCCACCAGCUCGCCUCUACUCUGUUCCCCACACUCUAGUUCCAGCUCGACCUCCACCAGUGCCGCCGCCGUUCCCGUCGCGCUCUGAGCAGCAGCAGCAGGCCGGGUACGGGAUGGGGAAGAGGAAGAAGGGGGAGGAGGAGCAGCAGGCGGCGGAGAGGAUCCCCAGCGACCUACUCCCGGAAGUCCUGGCGCGGGUGCCGUACCGGUCCCUCUGCCGCUUCAAGUGCGUGUCCACGCCUGGCUGGCGCUCUGUUCCGACCCCGCCGUCCGCAGGAGGUCGCCGCAGGCCAUCUCCGGCUUCUUCUGCUACCCGCGUAUCGACGGUGUCAGCGGCCGGCGCGACGAGGGCCUCAGCUUCCUCAACCUGUCCGGGAGGGGCCGGCCGCUGGUCGACACACCCCUCUCUCCCUUUCUUGGGGGACUACGAGGAGGUCAGGCUCCUAAACUGCUGCGGCGGCAUUCUCCUCUGCCAAGGCUGGAAUAGAACCAUGGAAGUUCCGGAAUACUUCGUGUGCAACCCUGCGACCGAGAAGAUCUGCCUAUGCUUGAUGUGCCAGAGCCUCAAGGUCCCUACAUCUACAUGGUGGCCCAACAUUUAACCUGGAGCAGCAAAUUCUGUUUGUGUUUCAA